UGUACUGAUCACUGAUAGAAGUCAUAUACGGACUUUGAUUGAAUUAGUUGAAUUCCACUAACUUCUACUGUUAGAUUGAUCUCUUACAUCCAGACCACAGGACUGAAACAUAGAACAGAACCUGACAACCUCACAAAUUCAACUUGUUAUUGAUUAUUGAUAGAACAUGGUGGUGACAUACAGGGAUACUGAUCCUAUUUUUUCUCUCUAUAUGAAACGAUAACUAAUAAAAGUGCAGAAAAUCCCCAGACUGAUCCUCAUUUUGCAGUCAUUUACCUAAUUCGGUGUUCCGUUUCUAACCCUUGGAUAUCUUUGUGUGUUUUUGUGGAUGUAUGAGGGAACGAAGACGACCCCGUGACCUUCAACGCAUGAUGCCAAGACAUGGAGGAAGAAGAGGCCCCAGCUGCUCCAGCCAUGACGGAUGAGGAAAUGAAGGAUGUUUUGACAGCAGAAGGAGGCGAAGAAGAGGUAUUGGUAACCACGGUAACGACCCUGACCACGGAGGAAGAGGAGGUGGGGUCUGAGCAGAAAACAGAGGAGGAAAAGGAGGAAGAGAUGGAGGAGGUGGAGACUGAAGCAGAGACAGAAGAAGAAGAGGUGGAGGAGCAGAGCAAAGGGAAGAAGCUGUUGGGAUCCUGGGAAUCAGAGGCUUCGUCUGAUGCUAGACCUCCUCUUCCGGACCCGGCGUUCAACAGGAGAUGCAGUUUACUCACCAGUGACGUGAAAUACAAGGAGGCCUUUGAGAAGAUGAAGGGCCAGAGUCUGUUUGUUCCUGGAGCUGAACUCAUCCACGCCAAGAACAUCAGCGCCGUCAUAUCAGAGUCCAAGUACAAGGAGGAGGGGAAGAAGGAGGCGUCGGUGUCGCUGUACUCCAUCCUGCCCGAGACGCCGGCGACGCAACACGCCAGAGAGGCUUCGGAGCUGCAGAGUGAGAUUAAAUACAAGGGAAACACAAAGGCUGAGAUCUCCUCCUCGCUUUACUCGCUGCUUCCAGAAACCACAGAGACCCAGUUUGUCAAAGAGCUGACGGAGAUACUGAGCGAGAAUAAGUACAAGGAGGAAGGAAAGAAGGAGUUGAGCAGCGCCUUGUACUCUCAGCUUCCUGAAACCACCGAGAUGCAGCUCGCCAAGACGGUUGCCGAGUUUCAGAGCGAGAAAAAGUACAAAGAGGACGGGAAGCGAAAGGCGUCCAUCUCGCUGUACUCCCAACUGGCCGAUACUCCAGAGAUCCAACAUGCGCUGGAGGUGUCGCAGCUGCAGAGUGAGGUGAAUUAUCGGGAGAAGAUCCUGGUCAAAGGAGCUCCGUCGUCUCUUUACUCUCAGCUGCCGAACACCGCAGACAUCCAGUUCGCCAAAGAGAUGUCGGAGAUGCAGAGCGAGAGUAAAUACAAAGAGGGCGGCAGGAAAAGCCUGUCGCAGAGUUUCUACUCUCAGCUCCCGGAAACGUCCCAGACUCACUUCGCUAAAGCGGUGGGCGAGCUGCAGAGUGAGAUGCGGUACAAGGAGGCGGGGAAGAAGGGCGUGGCGUCCAGUUUGUACUCGGUUCUACCGGAGACGAUAGAGACGGCCCACGCCAAGGCAGCGUCCGAACUCUACAGCGAGGUCAAGUAUAAAGAGGACGGGAAGAAGGAGAUGAGUGUGAACCUGUAUUCGCUGCUGCCAGAGACGCUGGACACCCAACACGCCAAGGACGCCUCCAGGCUGCAGAGUGAGGUGACGUAUAAAUCGGGUCUGAAGCAGAAGAUCCAGAACAGUUUGUACCAUCAGCUGCCAGAGACGACGGAAACUCAGCUGGUCAAACAUCUGUCGGAGUUACAGAGCCAGGCGAAGUAUAAGGAGUUGGGGAGGAAGGAGGUGACUUCGUGUCUUUACUCUCAGCUGCCUCAGACUCUGGAGACUCAACACGCCAAAGAGGCCUCGGAGCUGCUCAGCGAGGUGAAGUAUAAGGAGGACGGGAAGAAGAUGUCCACUUCUCUGUACGCCGCCAUGGCCGACACCAUGGAAACCAGCUUCGCCAGAGAGAUGACAGACAUGCAGAGCGAGAAUAAGUACAAGGAGAGUGGGAUGAAGACUCUCUCCCAGAGCGUCUACAGUCAACUACCAGAGACCGCCGAAACUCAGUUCGUUAAAACUGUGUCUGAGCUGCAGAGUGAGAUGAAAUACAAGCAGGGUGUGAAGGACAUGUCCAGGUCUCUGUAUUCCACUCUGCCGGAGACUCUGGACACGCUACACGCCAAAGAGGCAUCAGAGCUGCAGAGCCAGCUCAAGUACAAGGCGGACAUGAAGAAAGGCCUGUCGUCCAGUCUGUUCCAGCAUCUGCCCGAAACCAUGGAGAUGAGCCACGCCAAGGACGUCUCCGAGGUCCUCAGUGAGGUCAAGUAUAAAGAGGACGGGAAGAAGGAGAUGAGUGUGAACCUGUAUUCGCUGCUGCCAGAGACGCUGGACACCCAACACGCCAAGGACGCCUCCAGGCUGCAGAGUGAGGUGACGUAUAAAUCGGGUCUGAAGCAGAAGAUCCAGAACAGUUUGUACCAUCAGCUGCCGGAGACGACGGAGACUCAGCUGGUCAAACAUCUGUCGGAGCUGCAGAGCCAGAACAAGUACAAGGAGUCCGGUAAGAAGGAGGCCAAUACGUGUCUGUACUCACUCCUCCCUCAUACCAUGGAUACGCAACACGCCAAAGAGGCCGCCGAGCUGCUGAGCGAGAUUAAGUACAAGGAGGACGGGAAGAAGGAGAUGUCCAGUUCUCUGUACACCACCAUGGCCGACACCAUGGAAACCAGCUUCGCCAGAGAGAUGACGGACAUGCAGAGCGACAACAAGUACAAAGAGGAUGGGAGGCGGAGUCUGUCUCAGAGCUUCUACUCGCAGCUUCCUCAAACGUCGGAGACUCAGUUCGUCAAAUCGGUGUCAGAGCUGCAGAGCGAGAUGAAAUACAAAGAAGCGGGAAAGAAAGCAGGGUCAGAGUCGUUGUACUCGACUCUACCUGAGACUCUGGAGACCCAACACGCUAAGGAGGCAUCAGAGCUGCAGAGUCAGCUGAAGUACAAGCAGAGUGUGAAGACAGACUCGUCCACUUUGUUCCACCUGAUGCCAGAAACCAUCCAGACCCAGUUUGCUCGGCAGCAGACGCAGAUGCUCAGCGACGUGGCGUAUAAAGAGGACGGGAAGAAGGAGAUGAGCGUCAGCCUGUACUCUGUCCUGGCCGACACCAUGGACACACAACAGGCCAAAGAGAGGACCCACAUGUACAGCCAGGCCAAAUACAAAGAGGCGUCCAAACAGCAGACAUCUUCGUCUCUGUACCAUCGACUACCUGAGACUCUGGAGACUCAACACGCUAAAGAGGCAUCGCAGCUGCAGAGUCAGACGUUGUAUAAAGAGGCUGUGAAGAAGGACCUGCCCUGUCCGGUUUACCACCAGCUUCCAGACACCCUGGAGACCCAGCUCGCCCGAGACCUCACCGACAUGCAGAGCCAAAUUAAGUACAGGGAGGACGGGAGGCGGAGUCUGUCUCAGAGCUUCUACUCGCAGCUUCCUCAAACCUCGGAGACUCAGUUCGUCAAAUCGGUGUCGGAGCUGCAGAGCGAGAUUAAGUAUAAGAAAAGUGGGAGGCAGGAGGCCGGCAGCUGUCUGUACUCUGUCAUGGCGGAAACGCUGGACACACAACACGCCAGACAGGCGUCGCAGAUCCAAAGCCAGGUGAAGUACAAGGAGGACAUGCAGAAGGAUUUGUCGUCCACGUUGUUCUCCAGCCUUCCUCAAACCCUCCAGACUGAACGGGCCAAGGAGGUGACGGAGCUGCAGAGCCAGGUGAAAUAUAAAGACGGAUGUAAACCCAAAGCACCGCCGCUGUACCACCUCCUGCCCGAGACGGCCGACACGCACUUCGCCAAACACAUGUCGGAGAUGCAGAGCGAGUCCAAGUACAAGAAGGACAAAGAGGAUCUGCCCAACACUCUGUACUCACUGAUGCCAGAGACUCUGCAGACGCAGUUUAUUAAAGACAUGGCAGAGACUCACAGCGAGGUGAGGUAUAAGCAGCAGCAGCAGACGGCGCUUUACUCCAAACUGCCUGAAACUCUGGACACCAAACACGCCAAAGAAGUGACUGAACUGCAGAGUGAAAAAAAGUACAAAGACGAGGGGAGGAAGGAGAGGACAUCGUGUCUUUACUCUCAGCUUCCCGACACCUCGGAGACCCAGUUUGUGCGGGAGUUGACUGAGAUGCAGAGCCAGAACAAAUACAAGGAGAGUGGGAAGAAGAGUCAGAGCAUCAGCGUUUACUCCCAGCUCCCAGAAACCAACGAAACCCAGUUCGCCAAAAGUGUGUCUGAAAUCCAGAGUGAGACCAAAUACAAAGACGCUGGUAAAAAGGAGGCGUCCGUCUGUCUGUACUCGAAGCUGCCGGAGACUCUGGACACGCUGCACGCAAAAGAGGCUUCAGAGCUCCAGAGUCAGGUGAAGUAUAAACAGGACGGUAAGAAGGACGUGGGCGGCUCUUUGUACCACCAUCUGCCUGAGACCACAGAGACACAUCAGGCCAAAGAGCUGCAGGACAUUUACAGCCAGGUGAAGUACAAAGAAGAAGGUAAAAAGAGCGUCGGUAAGGCCUUGUACUCGCUCCUCCCUGAGACGGCAGAGACACAGUUCGCCAAACACAUUUCAGAAAUACAGAGUGAGUCCAAGUACAAGAAGGACAAAGAGGAUCUGCCCAACACUCUGUACUCACUGAUGCCAGAGACUCUGCAGACGCAGUUUGUUAAAGACAUGGCAGAGACUCACAGCGAGAUCAAGUACAAAGAGGCAGGAAAGAAGGAGUCGUCCUCCUCUCUUUACCAUCAUUUGCCACAAACACUGGAAACACAGCACGUUAAAGAAGUGACAGAACUUCAGAGCGACGUCAAAUACAAGGAGAGUGGGAGGAAGUCCAUGUCGUCCAGUUUGUACGCCCAGCUGCCGCAGACGGCCGAGACGCAGCUGGCCGCCAAGGUGUCCGAGCUGCAGAGCGAGAGUAAAUACAGGGAGGACGGGAUCAGGAGUCUGUCUGGGAGCUUCUACUCUCAGCUCCCACAAACCGCACACACUCAGUUUGCCAAGGCGGUCUCAGAACUGCAGAGUGAGACCAAGUACAAGGAGGCGAGUCGGAAGGAGGCCAGCAGCAGUUUGUACCACCAGCUUCCAGAAACCCUGGAGACGCUUCACGCCAAAGAGGUCACCGAGCUGCAGAGCGAGGUGAAGUACAAAGAAGGCGGGAAGAAGCAGCUCAACUCGUCGCUGUACUCUCAGCUGCCGGACACCGAGGAGGUGAAGUUCGCCAAAGCCGUCACAGAACUCCAGAGCGAGAAUAAAUACAAGCAGAAGGGCAGACAGGACGUCAGCAGCAGCGUCUUCCACCACAUGACAGAGACCAAAGAGAUGGAGUUUGUCAAACACAUGUCAGAACUGCAGAGUGAGUCGAAGUAUAAGAAGGACAAAGAGGAUCUGUCCAACACUCUGUACUCGCUGCUGCCGGAGACUCUGCAGACGCAGUUUGUUAAAGACAUGGCAGAGACUCACAGCGAGAGUAAAUACAAAGAGGGCGGCAGGAAAAGCCUGUCGCAGAGUUUCUACUCUCAGCUCCCGGAAACGUCCCAGACUCACUUCGCUAAAGCGGUGGGCGAGCUGCAGAGUGAGAUGCGGUACAAGGAGGCGGGGAAGAAGGGCGUGGCGUCCAGUUUGUACUCGGUUCUACCGGAGACGAUAGAGACGGCCCACGCCAAGGCAGCGUCCGAACUCUACAGCGAGGUCAAGUAUAAAGAGGACGGGAAGAAGGAGAUGAGUGUGAACCUGUAUUCGCUGCUGCCAGAGACGCUGGACACCCAACACGCCAAGGACGCCUCCAGGCUGCAGAGUGAGGUGACGUAUAAAUCGGGUCUGAAGCAGAAGAUCCAGAACAGUUUGUACCAUCAGCUGCCGGAGACGACGGAGACUCAGCUGGUCAAACAUCUGUCGGAGCUGCAGAGCCAGAACAAGUACAAGGAGUCCGGUAAGAAGGAGGCCAAUACGUGUCUGUACUCACUCCUCCCUCAUACCAUGGAUACGCAACACGCCAAAGAGGCCGCCGAGCUGCUGAGUGAGAUUAAGUACAAGGAGGACGGGAAGAAGGAGAUGUCCAGUUCUCUGUACACCACCAUGGCCGACACCAUGGAAACCAGCUUCGCCAGAGAGAUGACGGACAUGCAGAGCGACAACAAGUACAAAGAGGACGGGAGGCGGAGUCUGUCUCAGAGCUUCUACUCGCAGCUUCCUCAAACGUCGGAGACUCAGUUCGUCAAAUCGGUGUCAGAGCUGCAGAGCGAGAUGAAAUACAAAGAAGCGGGAAAGAAAGCAGGGUCAGAGUCGUUGUACUCGACUCUACCUGAGACUCUGGAGACCCAACACGCUAAGGAGGCAUCAGAGCUGCAGAGUCAGCUGAAGUACAAGCAGAGUGUGAAGACAGACUCGUCCACUUUGUUCCACCUGAUGCCAGAAACCAUCCAGACCCAGUUUGCUCGGCAGCAGACGCAGAUGCUCAGCGACGUGGCGUAUAAAGAGGACGGGAAGAAGGAGAUGAGCGUCAGCCUGUACUCUGUCCUGGCCGACACCAUGGACACACAACAGGCCAAAGAGAGGACCCACAUGUACAGCCAGGCCAAAUACAAAGAGGCGUCCAAACAGCAGACAUCUUCGUCUCUGUACCAUCGACUACCUGAGACUCUGGAGACUCAACACGCUAAAGAGGCAUCGCAGCUGCAGAGUCAGACGUUGUAUAAAGAGGCUGUGAAGAAGGACCUGCCCUGUCCGGUUUACCACCAGCUUCCAGACACCCUGGAGACCCAGCUCGCCCGAGACCUCACCGACAUGCAGAGCCAAAUUAAGUACAGGGAGGACGGGAGGCGGAGUCUGUCUCAGAGCUUCUACUCGCAGCUUCCUCAAACCUCGGAGACUCAGUUCGUCAAAUCGGUGUCGGAGCUGCAGAGCGAGAUUAAGUAUAAGAAAAGUGGGAGGCAGGAGGCCGGCAGCUGUCUGUACUCUGUCAUGGCGGAAACGCUGGACACACAACACGCCAGACAGGCGUCGCAGAUCCAAAGCCAGGUGAAGUACAAGGAGGACAUGCAGAAGGAUUUGUCGUCCACGUUGUUCUCCAGCCUUCCUCAAACCCUCCAGACUGAACGGGCCAAGGAGGUGAUGGAGCUGCAGAGCCAGGUGAAAUAUAAAGACGGAUGUAAACCCAAAGCACCGCCGCUGUACCACCUCCUGCCCGAGACGGCCGACACGCACUUCGCCAAACACAUGUCGGAGAUGCAGAGCGAGUCCAAGUACAAGAAGGACAAAGAGGAUCUGCCCAACACUCUGUACUCACUGAUGCCAGAGACUCUGCAGACGCAGUUUAUUAAAGACAUGGCAGAGACUCACAGCGAGGUGAGGUAUAAGCAGCAGCAGCAGACGGCGCUUUACUCCAAACUGCCUGAAACUCUGGACACCAAACACGCCAAAGAAGUGACUGAACUGCAGAGUGAAAAAAAGUACAAAGACGAGGGGAGGAAGGAGAGGACGUCGUGUCUUUACUCUCAGCUUCCCGACACCUCGGAGACCCAGUUUGUGCGGGAGUUGACUGAGAUGCAGAGCCAGAACAAAUACAAGGAGAGUGGGAAGAAGAGUCAGAGCAUCAGCGUUUACUCCCAGCUCCCAGAAACCAACGAAACCCAGUUCGCCAAAAGUGUGUCUGAAAUCCAGAGUGAGACCAAAUACAAAGACGCUGGUAAAAAGGAGGCGUCCGUCUGUCUGUACUCGAAGCUGCCGGAGACUCUGGACACGCUGCACGCAAAAGAGGCUUCAGAGCUCCAGAGUCAGGUGAAGUAUAAACAGGACGGUAAGAAGGACGUGGGCGGCUCUUUGUACCACCAUCUGCCUGAGACCACAGAGACACAUCAGGCCAAAGAGCUCCAGGACAUUUACAGCCAGGUGAAGUACAAAGAAGAAGGUAAAAAGAGCGUCGGUAAGGCCUUGUACUCGCUCCUCCCUGAGACGGCAGAGACACAGUUCGCCAAACACAUUUCAGAAAUACAGAGUGAGUCCAAGUACAAGAAGGACAAAGAGGAUCUGCCCAACACUCUGUACUCACUGAUGCCAGAGACUCUGCAGACGCAGUUUGUUAAAGACAUGGCAGAGACUCACAGCGAGAUCAAGUACAAAGAGGCAGGAAAGAAGGAGUCGUCCUCCUCUCUUUACCAUCAUUUGCCACAAACACUGGAAACACAGCACGUUAAAGAAGUGACAGAACUUCAGAGCGACGUCAAAUACAAGGAGAGUGGGAGGAAGUCCAUGUCGUCCAGUUUGUACGCCCAGCUGCCGCAGACGGCCGAGACGCAGCUGGCCGCCAAGGUGUCCGAGCUGCAGAGCGAGAGUAAAUACAGGGAGGACGGGAUCAGGAGUCUGUCUGGGAGCUUCUACUCUCAGCUCCCACAAACCGCACACACUCAGUUUGCCAAGGCGGUCUCAGAACUGCAGAGUGAGACCAAGUACAAGGAGGCGAGUCGGAAGGAGGCCAGCAGCAGUUUGUACCACCAGCUUCCAGAAACCCUGGAGACGCUUCACGCCAAAGAGGUCACCGAGCUGCAGAGCGAGGUGAAGUACAAAGAAGGCGGGAAGAAGCAGCUCAACUCGUCGCUGUACUCUCAGCUGCCGGACACCGAGGAGGUGAAGUUCGCCAAAGCCGUCACAGAACUCCAGAGCGAGAAUAAAUACAAGCAGAAGGGCAGACAGGACGUCAGCAGCAGCGUCUUCCACCACAUGACAGAGACCAAAGAGAUGGAGUUUGUCAAACACAUGUCAGAACUGCAGAGUGAGUCGAAGUAUAAGAAGGACAAAGAGGAUCUGUCCAACACUCUGUACUCGCUGCUGCCGGAGACUCUGCAGACGCAGUUUGUUAAAGACAUGGCAGAGACUCACAGCGAGAGUAAAUACAAAGAGGCCGGUAAGAAGGACCUGGUCAACUGUCUGUACUCUCUGCUGCCUCAGACCAAAGACACACAACACGCCAAAGAACAGACUCAGCUGUGCAGCGAGAAAGCGUACAGGGAGGAGGGUAAGAAGGAGGCUGGAUGCAGUCUGUACGCCCAGAUGCCCCAGACCAUCGAGACGGUGUUCGCCAAAGAGCUCGCCAAGAACCAGAGCGAUAAGUUCUACAAGGAGAAGUAUAACCGCGAAAAGGGGAAGUCCAACUACACCAACAUGAAGACGCUGCCGGAGGUGGAGCACGCCAUGGAGGUCAACAAGAACCAGAGCGAAGUCGUCUACAGAAAAGGCAAAGAGGAGCUUCAUCACUAUAACACGACGGCCGACAGACCUGAUAUCAUCAACGCCACAAAUGCUGCGAAACUGGCCAGUGAUGUUGCCUAUAAGAAUAAUACACCGAUGCCGGUCUACAGUGAAGGAUCUCUUUUGUCUAGAACCGACAUCCAGCACGCCAAAGAGGUUUCCAAACUGGCCAGCCAGGUGAAGUACAAAGAGAGCUUCGACCGACAUCUGAAGGGUCAGAAGCCGUGUUACAACCCUCUGGACUGUGUUUCCUUUAAACACACACAGGCGGCUGCCGCUCUGGCCAGUCAGGUUAAGUACAAAAGCAACCAGAACCAGAAACCAGAAGGUUCCUCGGACCUGCCGAACCUCCUGCAGCUGGAACACGUCCUGCACGCCAGUAAACUGCAGAGCAACGUGGAGUAUAAGAAGAAGUACGAGCAGACGAAGGCUCAUCACCACAUGGCUCUGGACACGGCCGAACAGCGCCACCACAAGGAGAACGCCACACUGCACAGCCAGGUGAAGUACAGAGAGGAGUACGAGAAGAACAAAGGACGAUCUCAGAUGGAGUUUGGAGACACUCAGACCUACAGAGUGUCAAAGGAAGCUCAGAAGAUGCAGAGUGAGAGGGAGUAUCGUAAGGACUAUGAGCAGCAGAUGAAAGGGAAGGCUUUGGUGGACGUGGACCAGACCCCCGGGUACCUGACCGCCCGCCACGCCAGCAGUCUGCUCAGCGAGAAGGAGUACAGGAAGGACCUGGAACAGGAGGUGAAGGGGCGGGGCUUAUCCGGCAUCGGUCUGGAGGAAACACCUGAACUCCUGAGGGUUAAAAAGGCCAACCAGAUCCUGAACCAGAAAGAGUACCGUAAAGACCUGGAGAGGGACAUUGUGGGUAAAGGCAUGGAGCUGAGCGCUGAUGUUCUGGAGAUGCAACGAGUCAAGAGGGCCUCAGAGAUCCAGAGCCAGAAGUCGUACAAACAGACGGAGCAGCUCAGAGAAAACUCCUACGGGACGGUUAGCGACACUCCUGAACUCCUGCACGCCUCCUACCUGAAGGACGUCUACAGCCAGAAGAAGUAUAAAGAUGAGGCCGAGCGUCUGAAAGGACGAUACAGUCUGGUGUCAGAAACGCCCGAGAUGGAGCGAGUCCGAAACAACCAAAGACACAUCAGCUCGCUGCGAUACUGCUGGGACUCCAAACUGAUGAGAGGCCUGACGUCCUCAGUCACAGAGACACCGGAGAUCGUCCUCGCCAGAGAGAACGCCAAGAGAAUCAGUGAUGUCCGGUACAGAGAGGACGUGGGCCGAGGCACCGCCGUCACGGACACGCCUGAGAUGGAACGAGUUCGACGCAACCAGGAGAACAUCAGCUCAGUUAAAUACAAGCAGAGCGCGGCGAAGGCCACCAGCGUCGGCCUGACUCCUGAACUGGAGAGAAUCCGGCAGAACCAGGAUAACAUCAGCUCGGUGAAAUACCAACGCGGGCUGCAGGAGAUCAGGGGGCGGAGCUGCACCGAGCUGGACACGCCCGAGUACAGGCGUGUGCGCAAGUCUCAGGACUUCGUCUCUACGGUAGCAGCCCGGUUGCCGUGGCCCCCGCCAGGGCUGUGGGAGGAGCUAACACGAGUGAUGUGGCACCGUGGUUUGGACCGCAGCACUGGUACUAACAUCACAUGACGGCGUGGGGAACAGAGACAUGUGUUCACCCGAGGUCCACGUUAACUCCUGGGGCAGAUUUAGCUCGUCUAGAGUGAGGUCAUUAUUGGCGUGUGCAGCGCUGUAAUGCAGUUAAUACAACACUGCAUUAACCCUCUGUUGUCCCGCCCAGAGAGGCCCUUACUGACCAAUGACAGCGCGUUAUCUGCACAGCGCUGUAGUAAUGUCAAUAUAUUCUUCAUACAGUUUCUUACACUUUUUUUUUACACUUUAAAUGAUGAAAUUAU